CUAAAAUCCAACAUAUACUCUUAAAAAGAUGAUUGGAAGCCAGCACCGUUAGCUUAAAUUGAGAUUGGCAUUAUUAACAUGCAGCUGACUUUGCAUUGGAUUUGUAUCCUGAAUUUUCCAACAUUUUUGCAACAUUUUCCUCUCCUCCCCUCCCCUCUUCCUUUCCCAGAAGGAAAGAGAGUCGAGAGGAAAAGAAGAAAGGGAGAUUUGGCCUUGCUCACGAGAGAUCUUUAAAAAUAUAAUAAUAUAUUAUUUAUUAUUUUAGGUCUCCCAGAUUCUGAAAGAAAAGCAAAUAAUGGGUUUAAAUUCAUUAAAUCUAAGCUUUUGGUUUCUUGUUUGCUUUUUUCGAUUUGCUUCCGCAUCCACCUACGUUUCAUAUGAUGCCUUGGUAGCUCAUGAAACUACUGGGCGUAACCUCCUUCAGGCUACAAAGUCCUGCGAUGAAGACUUUACGAAGAAGAAUUACACGAUCAUAACAAGCCGUUGCAAAGGACCCGAAUACCCAAAGAACAACUGUUGCGGAGCGCUCAAGGAUUUCGCUUGCCCUUUCAGCGAUAAAGUCAAUGAUUUGACCAAUGACUGUGCUAGGACCAUGUUCAGUUACAUCAACCUGUACGGCAAAUACCCACCAGGACUGUUCGCCCACUUAUGCCACGAGGAGCGAAAAGGUCUUGCUUGCGAUGCUGAUCCCCCUGCCAGUCCUGCUACCCCCCUCUCUACCCCUCCUUCUUUCCUCUUCCUCACCUCUGCUUCCCUUACCAUUUUCUCUCUCUUCUUUUGAAUGUGGAUAUUCGUCUGCGCUUCGUAUUAAUUAUUUAAUUAAAAUAUUCCAACUGUACGCUUCUAUAUAUCUAAUCCCUCUGUCAUCAAUCUAAUUUCUCCAUUUUCUUCUUCUAUAAGGAUAUCCCACACAAAUUCUUCACUAUUUCAUCUAUGCUUCACUUGAUCCUUGGCUUAAUUUAAUAAAAAAACAUAGUCCAAUUAUUUAGAUAAGCAUGAUCGUUUCCUCAGUCCCUCUCCAUUUGUUUCUUUUUUCUUACAAUAAGCUGAACAGUGAACACAACAUCAAAAUAAAAAAAAUAAAAAAAAAUUAUCAUUUUAUAUCAUGAAAUGGAAACAUUAAAGCAAUAAAUUACCUCAUUCUAGGCAAACGAAACAAGAAUCAUACAAGAGUGUCUUCAAGGAAAUUUCAGCUAAUAUUCAAUAUCUUAAAGCACAAAGCUUUGAAUUCAAUGUCCCAAAUUUAAGAGAAAAAGAUUUAAAAGAACAUUGUUAGCUUGGACAUGGGAAUUCGCUUUUCUUGAGCUUAGCAGAACAAGUGUACACAAAAAUGCCCUCUCCCAAUUUCUUCCCCAAUUACCAAUUUACUCCUCAACUCCUUCAAAAAUCCAAAUAUUUUAUCCAGUUCAACCCCAUCCUCAUCCUCCUCCGCCUCUGCAAUUCCCUCCUUAGGCUUUCGCCGUCUCAACACCACUCGGAUGUGUUUCACCGGAGAAGGAGGCGGCAACGAUUUCUUAAGAAAUCUCAAUGGCAUCGAAGGAGUUUUGGUUUUGGUUGGGUGAGCCGGACUCGUAGUGUAAGUGGGAAGAAAAGGGGUGGUCGGAGGCAGAAGCGACAGAGAAGAUUUGGGUGGCUGACGAAGGGUAGGAUAGUCUUUUCGGUGUUGUCUUUGGGUUUUGAAUGCUUGGAAGUACAGCCUCCCAUUGUGAAGGAAGAAGAAGAAAACAUUUGUUGAUGUUUGAAUUUUUGCAGAGAUCUUUGAUGUUGUGUUUAGCUUAUUGUAAGAAAAAAAAACAAAUGGAGAGGGACCAAGAAAACAAAUAAAUAUAUUUGUAAAACAUCCACGUCAGAUUUCCUAUCCCAUUUUAAUGAUUUUACUAAGAAACGUGAUGCUUAAAUUGUAAA